UCCAUUUUCCGGGAAAUAUUCAUUCACUUGUCGCUACAGAGACGGGUGCCAAUUGUAUUUCUCCAGAUAAUCAUUGUCUCGACAACCUGCAUUGAUGUAAGUUGCCAUGGAAAAUUUGUCUCAGAGCACUUCAGGAGAGCUGCGUGCGACCAGUGGUCAUUGUCAAAACUUGCAGUUGGUUUCAUCCAGAAGAGAGAUCGCAUCAUGGUGUCAUCUCCAAACUCAUAACAGCAGUGCCAUGUCUUCUCCACACCAUUGUGACCCGCAAUUUCGCGAUAGAAAGGUCAUUUCCGCGUGUUGGGGCAAUCAAUUGCAGCGGCUGAGGUUGCUAUUGUCCGCCAAAGACUCGACCGCGAGGUCCCCGACUCGGAUGCUGCCCGGAGCGACUCUCUUGUCAUGGAACGCAACAUCAGUAUAUGAAGCAUAUGACGUCGUUCUUCGCAGUGGCAACCGUGGCGUACAGUCUCGUAUUGGAGUCUCACUCCUUCUUGAAAAUUCGGCUAGCACUAUAUAUUGCAGAAUCAUCUUGGCGCCAUUUGUGAUGGAAGUGAUUUAGAUAUUUUACUAGUAGGGGACAGAGUGAACGAACGUCGCUUCAUGUGGAUAUUACGAGUUGUCUAAAUCCAGGCCGUCUCCAAAGCUCCACCCUAUAAUCUAUACAAGAACCCGGGAAGACACGACAGUGCGGUCUACGAGCAUAGCAUGAUAAUGGU